CCAGGUCACAUGACGCUUUGGGGACGGCCACGGAGCGCCUCCUCAUCGCACUCCCCCCUGGCUCCAGCUCUCUCUCCCCUUUCUCCCUCCAGCUCCCGUUGCAGCUUCGACUCCGCUGUUGCGGCGCGACCGUGUCCCAGGCGCGGCUCCGAAGGGCCAGCCGCCGUGAGCUCCACGCCACACGCGAUGCGGGCCGUUCCGCCGGGACCGGUGCCCUCCGGGCCGCGCGUCGCGCUCCUGCCGCCGCUCCUGCUGCUGCUGCUCGUGGCGGCCGCGGGCUCCGCGCAGGCCCAGGCCGUCGACUUGGAUGCCCUGUGCAGUUACACAUGGGAAGCUGUUGACUCCAAAAAUAAUGCAGUUUAUAAAAUCAACAUCUGUGGAAAUGUGGAUAUUUCCAGGUGUGGGCGGACAAGUGCUAUCUGUAUGUGUAACCUAAAGACAGAAAACUGUCGCUCAGUGGGUGACUCACUUUUGAGAAGUUCAACCAGAUCACUCUUGGAAUUCAACACCACUACGGGCUGCCAGGCUUUAGAUUCACAGCACAGAAUCCAGACUAGCAUUACAUUUCUGUGUGGGAAGACCCUGGGAACUCCUGAAUUUGUAACUGCCACAGAUUGUGUGCAUUACUUUGAGUGGAGGACUACUGCAGCCUGCAAGAAAGACAUAUUUAAAGCUGAUAAAGAGGUACCAUGCUAUGCCUUUGAUGACAAGUUACAGAAGCAUGACUUAAACCCACUGAUCAAGCUAAAUGGUGGCUAUCUGGUAGAUGAUUCUGAUCCUGACACGUCUCUGUUCAUCAACGUGUGCAGAGACAUAGACUCCCUCCGGGACCCCAGCACACAGCUGAGAGUCUGUCCUGCUGGCACUGCUGCCUGUCUGCUGAAGGGGAACCAGGCAUUUGACGUUGGCAGGCCCAAGGAGGGGCUGAAGCUGUUGAGCAAGGACAGGCUUGUUCUGACUUAUGUGAAGGAAGAGGGAGAAAAGCCAGACUUCUGUAAUGGUCACAGCCCUGCAGUGACAGUAACAUUUGUAUGCCCAUCAGAGCGAAGAGAGGGUACCAUUCCUAAACUCACUGCCAAGUCCAACUGCCGUUAUGAAGUUGAGUGGAUCACCGAGUAUGCCUGCCACAGAGAUUACUUGGAGAGUGAAAGCUGCUCCCUCAACAGUGAGCAGCAUGAUAUUGCUAUCGACCUUAGUCCCUUGGCCCAGUAUGGAGGGUCCCCCUAUGUUUCUGAUGGAAGAGAAUAUAUGUUUUUUAUCAAUGUCUGUGGGGACACAAAGGUCUCACUCUGUAAUAACAAAGAGGCUGCUGUUUGUCAAGAGAAAAAAGCGGAUUCCACUCAAGUCAAAAUAGCAGGAAGACACCAGAACCAGACACUCCGGUACUCAGAUGGAGACCUCACCCUCAUCUAUUCUGGAGGUGACGAGUGUAGCUCUGGCUUCCAGCGGAUGAGUGUCAUAAACUUUGAGUGCAACAAAACCGCAGGUAAAGACGGGAGAGGAGAGCCUGUGUUCACAGGUGAGGUGGACUGCACCUACUUCUUCACAUGGGAUACUAAAUAUGCCUGUGUCAAAGAGAAGGAAGAUCUUCUUUGUGGGGCCAUCGACGGCAAGAAACGUUACGACCUGUCUGUGUUGGCUCGUCACUCAGAAUCAGAACAGAAUUGGGAAGCAGUGGAUGGCAGCCAGGCUGAAUCAGAAAAGUAUUUCUUCAUCAACGUCUGUCAUCGGGUGCUGCAGGAGGGAAAAGCCAAGAACUGUCCUGAAGAUGCUGCUGUGUGUGCUGUGGAUAAGAAUGGAAGUAAAAACCUUGGAAAAUUUGUCUCUUCUCCUACAAAAGAGAAAGGACACAUUCAGCUCUCUUACUCUGAUGGUGAUGACUGUGGUAGUGAUAAGAAAAUAACAACUAACAUCACACUUGUGUGCAAACCAGGUGAUCUGGAAAGUGCUCCAGUGUUGAGAGCUGUGGGACCCGAUGGCUGCUCCUAUGAGUUUGAGUGGCAUACGGCUGCUGCCUGUGUACUGUCGAAGACAGAAGGAGAGAACUGCACGGUCCUUGAUGCCCAGGCAGGAUUUUCUUUUGAUUUGUCACUCCUCACAAAGAAGAAUGGUGCAUAUAAAGUUGAGACAGAGAAGUAUGACUUCUACAUAAAUGUUUGUGGCCCUGUAUCCGUGGACCCUUGUCAGUCAAACUCGGGGGCCUGCCAAGUAUCGAAAAGUGGUAAGUCUUGGAACUUGGGACUGAGUAAUACCAAGCUUACCUACUACGAUGGAAUGAUCCAGCUGAACUACAGGGACGGCACGCCCUAUAACAAUGAAAAGCACACCCCGAGAGCCACACUGAUUACCUUUCUCUGUGACCGUGACGCUGGAGUGGGCUUCCCAGAAUAUCAGGAAGAGGACAACUCUACCUACAACUUCCGGUGGUACACCAGUUAUGCCUGCCCAGAAGAGCCCCUGGAGUGCAUGGUGACAGACCCCUCCAGGAUGGAACAGUAUGACCUCUCCAGUCUAGUGAAGUCUGAAGGUGGCCCUGGAGGAAACUGGUAUGCCAUGGAAAACUCACGGGAACAUUUCACAAGGAGGAAAUACUACCUCAACGUGUGUCGGCCUCUGAAUCCCGUGCCAGGCUGCGAUCGAUAUGCAUCUGCUUGCCAGAUGAAAUAUGAAAAUCAUGAGGGCUCCUCGGCAGAAACUGCAUCCAUCAGUAACCUGGGGGUUGCAAAGACAGGCCCUGUGGUGGAGGAGAGUGGCAGCCUCCUCUUAGAGUAUGUGAACGGCUCUGCUUGCACCACCAGUGAUGGCCGGCUAACCACCUACAGCACCAGGAUCCAUCUUGUCUGCGGUCGAGGAAGUAUGAAUGCCCAUCCCAUAUUCACUUUUAACUGGGAAUGUGUGGUCAGUUUCUUGUGGAACACAGAGGCUGCCUGCCCUAUCCAGACGAUCACAGAAACAGACCAGGCUUGCUCUAUAAGGGACCCCAGCAGUGGAUUUGUGUUUAAUCUUAGCCCACUCAAUGAUUCCUCUCAAGGACAUGUGGUCUUAGGCAUUGGGAAGACUUUUGUGUUCAAUAUCUGUGGUGCAAUGCCUGCUUGUGGAACGGUUGCAGGGAAGCCAGCCUUUGGCUGUGAGGCAGAAACUCAGAUAGAAGACAUUAAGGACCUGAGGCCAGAAAGGCCAGUCGGGAUGGAGAAGAGCCUCGAGUUGUCUGCUGAGGGGUUCCUCACUCUGACCUACAAAGGCUCUUCUCCCUCUGACAGAGGCACAGCAUUCAUCAUCCGCUUCAUUUGCAAUGGUGACAUUUACCCAGGAGUCCCCAAAUUUCUACAUCAGGACAUUGACUCUACACGAGGGAUCCGGAACACUUUCUUUGAGUUUGAAACUGCAUUAGCUUGUACUCCUUCUCUAGUGGAUUGUCAAGUGACUGACCCAGCUGGGAAUGAGUAUGACCUGAGUGCCCUGAGCAUGGCCCAGAAGCCAUGGACGGCGGUGGACACAUCUGUGCAUGGGAAGAGGAGAAGCUUCUACCUGAGCGUCUGCAGUCCUCUGCCUUACAUCCCUGGCUGCCACGGCCUUGCGGUGGGGUCCUGCAUGGUGUCAGAAGACCAAAGUGUUAACUUGGGUGUGGUGCAGAUCAGUCCUCAAGCUACUGGCAAUGGAUCUCUCAGCAUCCUCUAUGUGAAUGGUGACAGAUGUGAAAACCAGCGCUUUUCCACCAGGAUAAUGUUCGAAUGUGCCCAGACAUCGGGCUCACCUAUGUUCCAGUUCCUGAACAACUGUGAGUACGUGUUUGUGUGGCGAACAGUGGAGGCCUGUCCUGUGGUCAGAGAGGAAGGAGACAACUGCCAGGUGAAAGACCCCAGGCAUGGCAAUUUGUAUGACCUGAAGCCCUUGGCCCUCAAUGACACCAUCAUCAGUGCUGGCGAGUAUACCUAUUACUUCCGGGUCUGCGGGAAGCUGUCCUCAGAUGUUUGCUCUGCCCGUGAUGGAUCCAAGGCAGUCUCAUCAUGUCAGGAAAAGAAGGGACCACAGGGAUUCCAGAAAGUGGCAGGACUCCUUAACCAGAAGCUGACUUUUGAAAAUGGACUGUUGAAAAUAAAUUACACUGGGGGGGACACCUGCCAUAAGGUGUAUCAGCGCUCUACAACCAUCUAUUUCUACUGUGACCGGACUACUCAGAAGCCAGUGUUUCUGAAGGAAACUUCGGACUGCUCCUAUUUGUUUGAGUGGCGAACACAGUAUGCCUGCCCACCUUUCAAUGUGACAGAGUGUUCUAUCCAGGAUGGGGCUGGCAACUCCAUUGACCUCUCCUCACUGUCAAGAUACAGUGACAACUGGGAGGCUGUGACCAGGACAGGGGCCACUGAGCAUUACCUCAUCAAUGUAUGCAAGUCUCUGUCUCCACACGCUGGCACAGAGCCAUGCCCUCCAGAGGCAGCUGUUUGUCUGCUGGAUGGCUCCAAGCCUGUGAACCUUGGCAAGGUGAGGGAUGGUCCUCAGUGGACAGGUGGUGUGACUGUCCUCAAGUAUGUGGAUGGCGACUUGUGCCCAGACAAAAUUCGGAAAAGGUCAACCAUUAUUCGCUUCACCUGCAGUGACAGCCAAGUGAACUCUAGGCCUCUGUUCAUCAGUGCUGUGCAAGACUGUGAGUACACCUUCUCCUGGCCCACACCUGCUGCCUGUCCUGUGAAGAGCAACACACAUGAUGACUGCCAAGUCACCAAUCCCAGCACAGGCCACCUAUUUGACCUGAGCUCCUUAAGUGGCAGAGCUGGCAUCAAUGCCUCCUACAGCGAGAAGGGGCUGAUCUUCAUGAGCAUAUGUGAGGAGAAUGAGAACUGUGGCCCUGGAGUAGGGGCCUGCUUUGGACAGACGAGGAUCAGUGUGGGCAAGGCCAGCAAGAGGCUGAGCUACAAGGAUCAAGUCUUGCAGCUGGUGUAUGAGAAUGGGUCCCCAUGCCCCUCCAAAUCAGGCCUGACGUACAAGAGUGUCAUCAGCUUCGUGUGCAGGCCUGAGGCUGGACCUACCAACAGGCCAAUGCUUAUCACCUUGGACAAGCAGUCAUGCACACUCUUCUUCUCCUGGCACACACCCCUGGCCUGUGAGCAGGCGACAGAAUGUGCUGUGCGGAAUGGAAGCUCGAUUAUUGACCUGUCCCCUCUCAUCCACCGCACUGGUGGCUAUGAAGCAUAUGAUGAAAGUGAGGAUGACACCUCUGACACCACUCCUGACUUCUACAUCAACAUCUGCCAGCCACUGAAUCCCAUGCAUGGAGUGCCCUGCCCUGCAGGUGCCUCAGUAUGCAAAGUUCCUGUGAACGGGCCCCCUAUAGAUAUUGGUAGAGUCACAGGUCCUCCAAUAUUCAAUCCUGUGGCGAAUGAAGUCUCCCUGAACUUUGAGAGCAGUACUCCUUGCUUAGUGGACAAAUAUAUGAACUACACCUCACUCAUCGCAUUUCACUGCAAGAGAGGAGUCAGCAUGGGAACUCCUAAGCUGAUAAGAACCAAUGACUGUGACUUUGUGUUUGAGUGGGAGACUCCGAUUGUCUGUCCUGAUGAAGUGAAGACACAGGGCUGUGCAGUAACAGACGAGCAGCUGCUCUAUAGCUUCAACCUGACCAGCCUCUCCACAAGCACUUUCAAGGUUACUCGGGAUGCUCGCACAUACAGUAUAGGGGUGUGCACAGCGGCAGCUGGCUUAGACCAGGAAGGCUGCAAGGAUGGCGGUGUCUGUCUGCUCUCUGAGAGCAAAGGAGCUUCUUUCGGGCGCCUAGCAUCGAUGCAGCUGGAUUACAGGCACCAGGAUGAAGCGGUCAUUCUGAGUUACGUAAAUGGUGAUCCUUGCCCUCCAGAAACGGAUGAUGGCGAGCCCUGUGUCUUCCCCUUCAUUUACAAAGGGAAGAGCUAUGAAGAAUGUGUAUUGGAGGGACGGACGAAACUGUGGUGUAGCAAAACUGCAAAUUAUGAUCGUGACCACGAGUGGGGCUUCUGUAGACCGACCAACAGCUACCGGAUGUCUGCAAUCAUAUUUACAUGUGAUGAAAGUGAAGAUAUUGGGAGGCCACAAGUGUUCAGUGAAGAUCGUGGGUGUGAGGUAACAUUUGAGUGGAAGACAAAAGUCGUCUGCCCUCCGAAGAAGAUGGAGUGCAAGUUUGUUCAGAAGCAUAAGACCUAUGACUUGCGGCUGCUCUCAUCCCUCACGGGGUCCUGGGACUUUGUGCAUGAAGGAAACUCGUACUUUAUCAAUCUGUGCCAGAGAGUAUAUAAAGGUCCCCUGGACUGCUCUGAAAGAGCCAGCAUUUGCAAGAAGAGUGCCACUGGUCAAGCCCAGGUUUUGGGGCUUGUUCAUACACAAAAACUGGAAGUCAUAGAUGAAACGGUCAUUGUUACUUACUCAAAAGGCUACCCUUGUGGUGGGAAUAAGACUGCAUCCUCUGUAAUCGAAUUGACCUGUGCAAAGACUGUGGGCAGGCCUGCUUUCAAGAGGUUUGAUGCUGACAGCUGUACCUACUACUUUUACUGGUACUCACGGGCUGCCUGCGCUGUGAGGCCUCAGGAGGUGAACAUGGUGAAUGGAACGCUCACCAACCCUGUGACCGGCAAGAGCUUCAGCCUCGGGGAAAUUUAUUUUAAGCUGUUCAGCGCCUCUGGGGACAUGAGAACCAAUGGGGACAAUUACCUGUAUGAAAUCCAGCUCUCCUCCAUCACCAGCUCUUCUAAUCCUGCAUGCUCUGGUGCCAACAUCUGCCAGGUGAAGCCCAAUGACCAGCACUUCAGCAGGAAAGUAGGCACCUCUGACAUGACCAAGUACUACGUCCAAGAUGGAGAUCUGGAUGUGGUGUUUACCUCUUCCUCCAAGUGUGGAAAAGAUAAGACCAAGUCUGUUUCUUCCACUAUCUUCUUCCACUGUGACCCCCUGGUGAAGGAUGGGAUCCCAGAGUUCAGCCACGAGACUGCUGACUGCCAGUACCUAUUCUCCUGGUACACUUCAGCUGUGUGUCCUCUGGGUGUGGACUUUGAUGAUGAGAAUGCUGGGCCAGAGUAUAAAGGACUCUCAGAGCGGAGUCAGGCUGUUGGGGCAGUCCUCAGUCUUCUCCUGGUGGCACUGACUGGCUGUUUGCUUGCCUUGCUGCUUCAUAAGAAGGAGAGAAGGGAAACUGUGUUAAACAAGCUGACCAAUUGCUGCAGAAGAAGCUCGGGCGUGUCCUACAAGUACUCAAAGGUCAGCAAGGAGGAGGAGACAGAUGAGAAUGAGACAGAAUGGCUGAUGGAAGAGAUCCAGGUGCCAGCCCCAAGACUAGGCAAGGAUGGGCAGGAGAAUGGCCACAUCACCACCAAGGCGGUGAAAGCAGACGCUCUCACUUCCCUGCAUGGAGAUGACCAAGACAGUGAGGAUGAGGUCCUGACCAUCCCAGAGGUGAAAGUUCACUCAGGCAGAGGAGCCGAGGUGGAAAGCUCACAGCCCCUGAGAAACCCACAGCGCAAGGUCCUGAAGGAAAGGGAGGGUGAGAGGAUGGGGCUGGUCCGAGGUGAGAAGGCCAGAAAAGGGAAGUUCAGACCUGGACAGCGCAAGCCAACAGCCCCUGCCAAGCUGGUGUCCUUCCAUGACGACAGCGAUGAGGACCUCUUACACAUCUAACUCCGUGGUGCCUACAGGAGAAGGUGGAGCCAUGGACAGCCAAGCACCUCCAACCAAAUAAGACUUCAGCUCGAUGAUGCGUCUGUCAUUUUGCCUUUAACAAAACUGCUUCAAAGGGAAGAGUUUCUGUAAUGGGGGAGAGGAUGGGGGAGGUGGGCACCACUCCUUCAUGAUCGUUUACAGUCAAUGGAACAAGGUGUUGCUUGAAUCGGCCAAAGGGCGGUACUUCGUGCCCAGGGUUUUGCCCCAAGUCCUCACUUACGAUCAUAGCUGCUGUGUGCUUCCAACAGGUGCCCAGGCCACAUGCAUCUCACAACAGAGGGCUGUGUUUGAAAAAAACCCUUGCUGCUUUAGACCCUACGGGGUAACCAUUUAUAUUUUUAGCAUUGUAAUUCUCUCCCCUAUUUAUUGACUUUGACAAUUACUACUCAGGUUUGCGAAAAAGGAGAAAAACAAAACAAAACAAAACCAGUUUCUUCUGCCAGCAAGGGCAUAAGGUGAAGCUGGCAGUCUGCUGGAGCCAUUGUACGGGGCUCCUGAACUGGUCCUUGAUGCACACUUUAGUGAGCUGCAGUAUUCUAUUCUUCGCUUUGCAUUUUGUAAGGGCACACACACAUGCACAGGUCCCCGAGUGCCUAGGUUUGGGAAGACCCGCCUGCUCCGUGCCCUACCUCAUCUCUGUAGUUGCAGCUCUUUGCACGAAUCCCACUGGGUGUUGCUUUUGCCAGCUGGUGAGUCCCAGCACGUCACCCAGAGUGGGUAUUUGUGCACGCAAUGGAGUAGAGGCUCUUGGGGAGGAGCUGCUCUUCAGGUUUGGGCUGUAGGUCUCAUCUCUUCAGGUUCUCAUAAUGCCACCUUUACUGUGCUUUUUGCUUUUUUUUUAAGGGGGAAAAUGUUUAUCACCCAUUCGACCUAUAAGAAGCCUUAAUUUGCACAGGGUGACUUACAGACACCGUGAAACACGGUGGGCCAGUGUUGUGUGUGGGCUGUGCUAGGGCAGAGUCCCAGGAUGGAAGGGCAGGCCCAGUCCACUGGCUGUGGAUUCUUUCUUGAUGUGUUCAAUGACUUCUCACAUUAUAGAGUUGUAGAUAGGUGAUAUUUACAUACCCAAAAGCAAAGUACCCCGCAGAAUUUCUUGGUUUAUGCCUGAUUUUGCUAGCUUGUUUGAUUUUACAUUGAGUGUAUUUUUAAAAAUUGAUUUUUCUCUUCAUUUUUAAUCAACUUUACUGUAAUAUGAAGUAUUCAAUUUCAAUAAAAAUAAAUUAUUAACUAGG